GGGCCACAUGGCUUCCAGUUCCUCCCAGUGCCCCCCCAGUUCACCCCAGUCACUCCCAGUGCCCAUAGGUACCCCAUAGACCCCCACCCUGUUCAUCCCUGUCCCUUCCAGUGUCCCCCCUCCAGCUCAUCUCAGCCCCAGUGCCUUCCAGUACUGCCCCAGUUGAUCCCAGUACCCCCCAGUUACUUCCCAGUUCAUCCCAGUGCCCCCCCCCCAGUUCAUCCCGGUCACUACCAGUGCCCCCCCCAGGUUAUCUCAGUCCCAGUCCCUCUCAGUACCCCCUGCACUUGAUACCAGUAACUCCCAGUUGCCCCCCAGUCCCUCCCAGCACCCCCAGUUUCCUCCCAGCCACCUUUGGUGCCUUCCCCAUUCAUCCCAGUCCCUCCCAGUAACACCCGGUUCCUCCCUGCUCCUCCCAGUCUCCCCAUUCACGCUGUCCCCCACAGGUACCAGCACCAUGGAGUAUGAACGCAGAGGGGGCCGUGGGGACCGGACUGGUCGCUACGGGGGGGCCCCCACCUCUUCUGAAGAAGGGUCCCGCACCCAGCGGGAUCACGACUAUCGCGACAUGGACUAUCGCGGCUAUGGAGGUCCCCCUGAGGGCCCCUCAGCAUCUGGGACCUCCUCUCAGGGCUCCUACGAGGGUUCAGAGCCCCCCCGGAAGCGGGAUCCCCCCCCAGCACCCCCUACGCUGCCGUUUGGUGCUGACGGUGACUACCGGGACCAGGAUUACCGCCCGGAGGCAGCCGAGGAGGAGCCGCGCGCCAGCACCAUCGUCAUGCUGCGCAUGCUGCCCCAGGCCGCCACCGAGAAUGAUAUCCGGGCGCAGCUGCAGGCACAGGGGGUGCAGCCCCGCGAGGUGCGGCUGAUGCGCAACAAGUCCUCAGGUCAGAGCCGCGGCUUCGCCUUCGUGGAGUUUAACCACGUCCAGGACGCGGCGCGGUGGAUGGACGCCAACCAGCAAGGGCUCAGUUUACUGGGGCAGCGCGUGUCCCUGCACUACAGCGACCCCAAGCCCAAGAUCAAUGAGGACUGGCUCUGUGCUAAGUGCGGGGUGCAGAACUUCAAGCGCCGGGAGAAGUGCUUCAAGUGCGGAGUCCCCAAAGCCGAAGCGGAGCAACGGGGCCCUGGGGGGCCACGACCGGAGCUGGUGCCUGGAGGUGGGGGGGGGCUGCUGCCCCUUCCCCAACCCUAUGGCCCCACUUUGGGGGGGAACCCAGGGGGAACCCACAGUGGGACCGAGCCUGGAGCUGAUAAUGCCAAUGACACCAUCAUCCUGCGGAACCUGCACCCCCAGAGCAGCCUCGAGUCCAUCCUGACGGCUCUCGCCCCCUUCGCCGCCCUCUCGGCCGCCAACGUCCGCGUCAUCAAGGACAGACAGACCCAGCUCAACCGCGGCUUCGCCUUCGUCCAGCUCAGCACCAUCGUGGAGGCUUCCCAGCUGCUGCAGAUGCUGCAGGCCCUGCACCCCCCCCUGCACAUUGACGGCAAGAGCAUCAACGUGGAGUUCGCCAAAGGCUCCAAGCGUGAAGCCCAGCCCCUGAGCCGAGGCCCUGACCCCGCCCCCAGGGAGGUGCAGGGGGCGGGGCCAGGGGAGGGCCCGCCCCGCGCCAGCGCCGCCUCUGUCGCCUCGACGGCCAUCGCUGCUGCCCAAUGGGCGCUCUCCCAGGCCGCCCCUGGCUCUGAGACCACGUGGGCCGGGGGGGACGAGCCUCCGAGCGACUUCGGCACCUUCUACCAAUCGGAGGAGACCUUCAGCGGCCCCGCCCCCUCGCUCUAUGGCUCCGCCUACCUCAAGGGCUCCUCGGCCCCGCCCCCCGGCCCCACCCACUCUGGCCCCGCCCCUUCCAAAGCCGAUGGCCCCGCCCCCGGUGCGGAGGAGCCGCCGGUGCUGGGCCUUGACCACACAGCAGGGGGGGGGCCCUUCUCCCGUGCCCCCCAAGGGGCCCCCUCCUAUCCCCCCCCGACUGCCGAGACCCCCAAUGCUCCCCCCCAGGGAGCCCCCCCCCAGGCUUAUACGGGGCCCCUCAAGGCUGAGACCCCCACCCCAGCCCCCAGCGGGCCCCCCCCAGCCGCCCCCCCCAGCUCCGAGCCCUAUGGCCAGUACCCGGUCCCUGAUGUCUCUACCUACCAGUACGAUGAGACCUCAGGCUACUACUACGACCCCCUCACUGGGCUCUACUACGACCCCCACUCCCAGUACUACUAUGAUGCUGGAGCUGGCCAGUACCUGUAUUGGGAUGGGGAACGUCGCACGUACCUGGCGGCCCCCCCCGCCGAGCCCCCUCCCGGCCCCCCCGGGCCCCCCAAAGAGCCCAAGGACAAGAAGGAGAAGCACAAGACCAAGACAGCUCAGCAGAUCGCCAAGGACAUGGAGCGCUGGGCGCGCAGCCUCAACAAGCAGCGGGAGAGCGGGCGCAGCGCGGGGCCCCCCCCGCCCCCCCGCGAGGACGAGCGGCGCGAGGCGGCCGCCGCCGACGCUGGAUACGCCAUCCUGGAGAAGAAGGGUGCUCUGGCUGAGCGGCAGCACCCACCCAUCGAGCUGCCCAAGCUGGCGAGUGAUGAGCGGCUGAGCCCCCCCCGCGGGCUGGUGGCCGCGUACAGCGGCGAGAGCGAGAGCGAGGAGGAGGCGGAGCGCGGCGCGGAGCGGGGGGAGGCGCUCACGGACUGGCUCAAGCUCGCCUGCCUGCUCUGCCGCCGGCAGUUCCCCAGCCGGGAGGCGCUGCUGCGGCACCAGCAGCUCUCGGGGCUGCACAAGCAAAACCUGGAGCUGCAGCGCCGGAACCACCGCCCCCCCCCCGAGGGGCUGGACCGGGGAGACAUGGAGAUGAAGUACCGGGACCGGGCAGCCGAGCGCCGAGAGAAACAGGGGGGCCCCGACCCCCCCGAGCCCAAGAGGCGCAAAUUUGGGGGACCCCCCCCCACCUCCGGGGAGGGGGACGGGUCCCUGCCCCGCGAGGCCACCCUUGGGUGCCGGAUGCUGCAGGCGAUGGGCUGGAAGGAGGGGAGCGGCCUGGGCCGGCGGCGCCCCGAGGCUCCCGCCCGGCCCCGCCCCGGGGGGGUGACACGUUUCAGCGAAGGACCCUGAGCCCCGCCCCCCGCGAGGCCACGCCCCCGAGACCACGCCCACUUCAGACCACGCCCCCAAUGGGGUUUUCCCCGGGGGUGGGGACACCCCCUGGUGGCCCCUCACCUCCUCUUUCCCCCUCCCCCCUCCCCCGCGGUUUUGGGGCUUUUUGUUGGUUUUGGGGUGUUUUUUUCCAAUAAAAUAAUGAAAAAAGGAGAAAU